AUGCAGCCGGAGACGCGAUGGCGAAAGCGGCGGCCAACACCUCCAAACGCGACAGCGAGCGCGGCGGCCAACACCUCCAGACGCAAGAGGUUCGACAGCAAAAACGCGACUGAACGAAAUCAAAAUGGAAUAACCCUAAAUCGCGAAAAAAUUAGAGACAUAUUGCUGGAUUACAGGAAAUACAUAAUGAAGCUUGGGAUUUUACUGCUUGAGUUGUUUUCAGAAGCUUUGGGUCUGAAUCCAAACUAUCUCAAAGAUAUGGGAUGUGCUGGGAAAGUGUUUGGUCUUUGCCAUUAUUACCCUGCAUGUCCUGAACCAGAUUUGACCAUGGGAACCACCAUGCAUUCUGACUAUGGUUUCUUCACAAUCCUUCUCCAGGAUCAUAUUGGUGGUCUCCAAGUAAGAUGCAAUGACAAGUGGAUUGAUAUAAACCCUGUACCUGGUGCUUUGGUCAUUAAUAUUGGAGACCUUUUGCAGUUUAUAACAAAUGAUAGAUUGAAGAGUGCUGAACACAGAGUGCUUUCAAAUCAUGUUGGUCCAAGAAUCUCUGUUGCAUGUUUUUUCAACCCAAGUGCUGAGGCAUCCUCAAAGCUUUUUGGACCUAUAAAGGAACUGUUAUCUGAAGACAAUCCUCCCAAAUAUAGGGAAACUACAUAUGCUGACUAUGAAGCCUUCUUUUAUGCAAAAGGACUUGAUGGUACCAGUGCUCUUGCACCCUACAAGAUUUGAACUGUGAAAAUGUAUCAGAAGCUACACCUUACAAGAUGUGAACCAGGAAAUGUAUCAGAAACAAAUAAGUUAGCAUAAAUAAAAAUGAUUGCUGAAUCUGAUAUGACUUUAUGACAGCAGGGUAUGCAGGUAAGUUGUGUAUACAUAUAAUGUGUUCGAUUUUUUCAUCCAAAUAGUAUAUUUGGAUUUAAAAUUUACUCA